CUCUCAUUCUUGUUGCCUCUUUCCUAUGGCGUCCUCUCACCCUCGUUUCCGUGCGCAACCGCCGCGCCCCUCUCUCGGAACCCUUCGCCGCCUUCCCUCUCCUCAUCGGUCUGUCGUGAUCUCCCCUCCCCGGAGCUCGAUUCCUUCUCUAUAUAACUCUGUCCUGCAGACGAGACCCUGUUCCCGCGUCCGAUCGUCCCCCGCGAACGGACCCGAGAAAGACCCGAACGGGAAGGCGCUGCAAGAUGAGGAGGUCAAAGAUUUGGGCGUCAGAGUGGCAUUAUCCAUGCUCAAGUUCUACAAGAGAGAAAUAUCACCGCUGAUGCUGUCGAGCUGUCGGUUUGUGCCAACUUGCAGCGAGUAUUCGAUGGUGGCAUACAAAAAGUAUGGUGUGGUUAAGGGUACAAUCUUGACAGCUUGGCGUCUCUGCCGUUGCAAUCCUCUUGGUGGCACCGGAUUUGAUCCCCCCAGGUGGUUUGGUGAAGAAGAGUCAUUUGAAGAGCACUAAGGCAAAAGGUUGGAAGAGAUGAAUAUGGACCGUUUGGAUGAGCAAUAAACUGCAUUUUACGUUGGUCCAAUGAUUUCCAUGACAUUAAUUCUGAACUAUUAACUCAUGGACAUGGAUGACCUGCACUUUUUGCGGAAAUUUAGCUUGCAACUUGUUUAAUCCUGCCCAACUAAUUACUAAGGCAUUGUUUAUCGAGGCUAAACUAACGUCUGUACUUACUGAAA